GGCUGUGUAAGAGAACUUCAGACUCUAGAGGUCUCCAUCCUUCAGCAUCCCCUCAUCAUCCACCUAUUCGCCCUCCUCCUCCUCUUCCUCCUCCUCCUCUCUGGCAUUUUGUGCAGCGGAGGAGGAAAGGAGGAGAGACUGCUGAGGAGGAGACAGAGGGGACCCUGAGACAACACGUCCCACGCCAGAGCCAGACAGCCAGGGAACUUUGAUUUGACGCCAAGUAGCCUGCGAUGAAAAUGACGAUGAGGAGAAAGAGCCACGUUUCUUCUUCUCGGGAGGCUUAGAUAUGUCGGGCGUGUGCAACAUAUGAUGUCCUUGGACUCAUAUGCUCAAUGAAGAUUUAUUUAUCUCUGAUUUCGCUUCUGUGUUCGCUGAUGGUGCCGCGUCGUUGUGCCCGCACUUAGGUCAGCCGAAUGCAUGUGAAGGCAGUCUGAGCGCAUUGUUUCCAGCUCCGUGUCAUAUGGGAUUUCCAGCCGUGAUGUCUGCAAUAUUUCGCUCUUUGUUUCUGGUUCUAUUCAGCCUGCUGUCAGUGGGUGCCCAGACGGAGAUGAAGAAGGUCGUCGGGGACAAUGCCACCUUACCGUGCCACCACCAGUUCCCGUCGUCGAACUCUCUCGACAUUGAGUGGCUACUGCAGAAACCAAACUCCAAACAGAAAGUGAUCAUUACCUUCUUUGGGGGACAGGUGUACACCAAUGAGGCGACGGGCAGUGAGGCCAGCCGUCUGUCCUUCGCUGGCGAGUACCUGGGUGGAGACGCCUCCCUGCUGAUCAGUGACCUGCUGCUGACCGACUCCGGGGAAUACUACUGUAAAGUCAAGACUGGGGGGAAGUACCACUGGAGCCAGGUCAACCUCAUUGUGCUGGUCAAACCUUCCAAGCCGAGGUGUUGGAUGGAUGGCAAACUCCUGGAGGGCAGUGAUGUCAAGCUUAGCUGCAAGUCCAGCGAUGGCUCUGACCCCAUCAACUACAAGUGGGAGCGAGUGCUGGACAAAGGCAAGAGUCUGGGCAAAUUGCCAAACCUGGCACUGAUAGAUCUCAAGAACCCAGAGCUCGUGACCCUGAGGAAUCUCACCAUGGACAGCACAGGGGUCUACAGGUGCACAGCAAGCAAUGAUGUGGGAGAGGAAAACUGCACCAUUGAGGUCACAAUGCAGCAUGUGAGGGAUGUAGGUAUGGUAGCAGGUGCGGUGGUGGGGAUAUCCCUCGGCGUCCUCAUUGUCAUAUUAAUCAUCUGGCUCGUCUUCCGGAAGAAAGAGAAGAAGAAGUAUGAGGAGGAGGAGACUCCAAACGAGAUCAGGGAGGAUGCAGAGGCUCCCAAGGCCAAGCUAGUGAAGCCCAACUCCCUGUCCUCAUCCCGCUCUGGCAGCUCCCGCUCUGGCGCCUCCUCCACCCAGUCCAUGGUGCACAACAGCGCCCAGCGUGGUCACCGCCCCCGCCCACCUGCUGUAACAGCUCUCAAGGAAAAUGGACAGCCUCCAGGCUUCCCCCAGUCCCCUCCAUCCUACACUUCAGUGGUGCCCAAGACCCCUGAGCCCCCUACCACUCCCAAAUUCAACUCCAGGAACAUGUCUGGGCCCACACCCCCAACCCUCAUGGUCCCCGCCCAGACCAAGGCCUUUCAGACUGUGUAGGACUGAAAGCCAGCCACUUCCUGCAGCCAUGUGAGACUCCCAUCCCAGCCCAAGCCCCCGAGCCCCCUCCCAAAGACUAAGACUCUUCCAUAAACAAAGAAAUGCAACUAGUUAAAAGGAUGUAAUUAAAAGAAUCAAUACUAUAAGUCCAAAAGUACUUUUAAUGAAUGCAUACUUAAAAAGGGAAAAUAAGACAUGCUUGCCCCCUACUGAAUUACAUAAAACAACAAAACAAAAGAAAAAACAAGACCCGAGAUGCAACGCUGUCCGUGUCUCAUGGCUGAAGGCAGAACUUGUUUUCUGAGUUCCGUCUUUUGGCUUUGGAAGCACAGGGAAGCGCCGUGUGCAGCAAGGUGGAAGGAGCCCCCUACAGUAGUAAAGCUUUUAUUUAUUUAUCAAAUCAAAGGGUUAGGCAUGCAGUGGAGAAUAAGAGGGGAAAAAGGGAGACAGUAAAGGCUGGAUGAUGUUGAGCUUUGGUUGUGGACAAAUACAAGAUGGAUACAAGCAGGGAGAAAAAACGAGGAGGAAGAAAAGUGCGAGAGUGCAAGACAGCUACUGAUUUUUUUUUCCUCUGGGAGGAGGGUGGGGGGGGGGGGCACGGGGUGAUUCUCUGAUUCAUGUCACCCUGCACCUCCGACUCGCUGCCUCCAGCACCUGCUCUGAAACCACAAACCCCUUUGCCUCCCAUGGGCUGGGCCGAUUGUGCCCAUCCAUGUGGACAGACACAGUGUGCGGGCGUGUGCAUCAUCUGCCUCAGUGCUCUCGGUCUUUUUGUGCUCUCAUAACGAAGCCGUGAGAAACUACAGCGGCCCAGAGACUGACUCAGCUGGCUCACAAACAGCUCAUCUGCUUUACCAAUCAGCAGGGGAAACUUCAGGUACAAGGAUGUAGCAUUGACAGCCGAGUCAAAUCAAUGGAGCAAACACCCUCCCCCUCCCACAUCCUGUCUACAUCCACAGACAUCCUUUUCUGGUACUGAAUAUCUUUCUUGAAUAAUUAAAUAGUAUGUAUUAGGCCUAUAGCGAGUCACUACUUUAAAUAUAGGGGAUAAGCAUCUAUUAGACCAGCUGGACUUGUUUUUCUUUUCUUUUGUUUCAGUUCUCCUGUGUUUCUUCUCUCUGAACAGGUUGUAAAGGGUGACAGACAGCUAUAUGUCCAUUCAUCCGUAUUAAGAAGUGCCACCAAUCCUUAGGAUGGGUUAUUAUUCUUGCUUUUUUUACUCUUUUGUUUACCUGCUACAUUUCUGAACUGAAACCAAAUUCUUUCACCAUGAAUGUGUGAUGUACAAAGAUGGUGGAUCCCGUUCAUUCCAGCUCCCGAUAAGGUACUGAAUCAACAUUGGAGCUGAGGCACAAAGCAUUGACCUUGACGUUCAAUUUCACAAUUACUAUGUCUGAAUGAAGGGAGUGGAGAGUAUGAUUCUGGAGACUUCAAUUGUAUAGGGUGUGUAUGAUAUCAUUGUCAGUACUCUCCCUGGAUCCUUAACAAUGGAGUGGCACUCGAUUGCUGUCUCGCUGAAUCACCAGGACCUGCUUGGUUAUUGGUCGAGCUGUGCUAUCAGCCAAUUCCCCUUUUGUCGUAUUCUCAGACAGACCCAGUGCAGUUUGAUUGAAAGUAUCUGAAAAAAAGGGGGGCAAGUAGCCUAUCUAGUGUGCCUUUGCAAUCCCUCUUUCUUUCUUCGUCCUUAUCUUCAGCACACCAGUGGUUAAGUCUCUGUUCACAUCCAGCUUUGAGGGUCAACGGUAGCAAAAUACUGAGAGAUACAACUUCACAAAACUUGCCCUAGUAAUAACAGAUGCAGCCUAUAGAGAGCACCAAGCAGAGCGGAUUAUCCAUGGUGAGAAAGCAAUCCCAUGCCAUGGGACAAUGUACUGUACAUUCUGUAAUCAGUCUUGUUUUAUAUUGUACAUACAGAUAGAUAUACGCACAUGAUGUCAUUUAAUUUAAUAAGUAAGGGUACGUGAGGGGAGAUAUACCCCUUACAAGAGACAAAUGGGAAACCCAAAAGUGAAUUUAAACCCUGUGUUUUUUGCACACAUGUUGUGUAAACAAGUGACGCCCCCUACUCUGAUGCCACCUGUGACAUUUUUUAUAUUUCAAAAAAUGAAACAAAUAUUACAUAGAUAUGUUUUGCAAGGUUGAAGUGUAGAAAAUAAUUAAUCUUGUACAAGGUUUUCUCACAGCUACUGGCCAGAUUCUCAUGGGAUGCUUUAUGGAUUUUAUUGAUCCCGUGAGGACAAUUUCAACCGAUUUUUGUUGACCCCGUGACCUUUCCUCAAGCACCACCACUGGGUGCACCACCUUGACCAGAAAUUGGGAAGUGAUCUUGAAAGAAACAGCCAGAUUUCCAUUAAAUCUGCUAACAGUAUUUAUAGUCAGCACAUCAUUAAUAUUUUGCUGACCUUUAAUCCGGCGCCACAAUCCAGCAAAAAUUUCCACUUGGGCACAAUAUAUAUCAAAGUCAAAUUUUGUGAGACUCUCAGGACAAACUAAACAAUUUAACCUCCACUACUGGUUCUAAGAAGAGCAAAUUAUCAGUAUGUCUAAUGCUUUAAUAUUAUAUCUUGUAACGAAUAUUGCUUUUCUCUCUGGGCCAGUAGCAGGGCUUUAAUCUUGUUCCACUUCUCCAAACUGCCAAAUAAAAAGAAGUAAUCAAAUCUCAAAAGUUCUGAAAACCAACAUCUGUCUGAAAAACACAUGUGGUUUGACUUCACAUGCGGGAUUUCACGUGUGACUUCACUGUAAGGGAAGAUGAGGGGGAAAAAUGCCUUUUAUAUUCAACUAGAGACAGCAGUUCAUAUUUGAGCAGGGAAGCCACUGUGUGUGUAUGUGUGUGUCUGGGCGUGUGUGUGCAUGGGUGCAUGUUUGUGAAUGUGUGCGAGUGUGUCUGUGUGGGUGUGUGCAUGUUAAUUUCAGUAUAAGCCCUUGGGCCACACCCACACACUCUCAUGUUAGCCAUUCAGUGAGUGAGAGGUAUCCAGUCAGGCAAAGUAACCUCCAUCCAAAUUGAUAUGACUGCAGACUGGCAGUGUUUAUUUUAGUUUUCACUGACUUCUCUGCCUAUUGAACUUGGCUUCACGGGCAGCAGUCAUGUUUUUGCUUGUGGGGGUGGUGUCUCGAGACAAAGCACGUCCAUAAUUCAUAAUAUCGUCAGCUCUGGAGGCCACUUGUACGCUCUCUACUUGCUCUUCUUGUCUCUUAACAUAGGAUGCACUUUGCCCUGGGUGUACUGAUGGCAUCUCAAGGCACACACACACACAUUAUACAAAACAGGUCAAAGUUGUAUAUACACACACAUAAACAGGUAACCGUGGCACAUUCAGAUCUGCACGGAAACACAGGUGUGUGCUCCAUGCACAUUCAAAGUUGCACAUGCAUGCAUGCGCUCACAAACACACACACAUGUACACACAGUUUGCACAAACAAAAGCCCAAACAGCAGUCCUUGUUAUUUCUGCUCCUUCAGAAUCAAUCUGAUGGAUCGAAUGUCUGGAGGUAUUACGACUGACUGAUGGAAGCAGGAUACUAAAUGCAGCACAGAAAGGGACACUCUGCAUCGCCCAGGGUUCAUGUGCACACACACACAGCUACUGUAACAUGCACACAGACAUGCACGCAAACGCACAUGCACUCGGAAAUACAAACUCUGCUAUGCAUCUUAACAAUCUGGAUAGCAUAUGCUUCGAGACUUCUUUUUUUUUUCCAUGGGAAUCUGCGAGAGUAGCACUGGGAAUCAGGAGAGGUAUAACAGGAUUGAUUAUGAGCCAGGGCUGUAGGCUCUCGCCAUUGAAAUUCCCUCCACCGCAGAUGAAAGUAGCAGUGGAGGUGGAGGAUGGGAUGCAAGUCUUCCAGCUGUUAAAUUCCUCCAAGCUUUUUGAUUUGCUUUCCAGCAACUGCAAGUCUCAGGUGGCAGAUUCCCCAGUUUAUGAGCCCUCGCGUUGCAUCUCUCCUCUCGUGUGUGGAGCUUUGUGGCCUGACAAACUUGCGCUCUUUCCAACAAAUGAAUUUUAAGGCGCUUUUGUCAGUUCAGAUGAGAGUGGAGGAGGGACGUCUUAACACACCUCAGAGUGUCAGCAGCACAUCCAAUAUCAUUCUUUAAAAGAGUAUCCAUCAGCACUAUAUAUGUCUUAUUAUCAAACACUCAAAGGUGCAGUAAACAUGAAACCAUUAAAUGCUUAUUCUGCGUUAUAUGAUAGGAGUAUGAAUCUCAUGUAGCCACGAUGUUUUACGUUCUAUUAAGCAGUUUUAUUUCUGAUUAAAGCUGUUGAGCAGGGCACAGUGAUGCUCAGACUUUGUGGUUUGGCCUUGUAUGCCAGUAUAGGGGAAUGUGAUGUAUUGCUACUUUUGAGAGAGGAGAUGAACGGGGCUGUAGUCAACCUCAAGAAGGAAAGCAAAGGUACCUGCAUGUCAUAGGAGAUUGAGCAGAUGAACGGGAAUGCUUUGCUUUGAUGUAACAUAACUGUAUUCGGCUAAAAAUAGAAAGAAAAAAAAAAGAAAAUCUACAAUUGUAAAUAUAUUCACAGAAGAUUUUAUGAAGCUUUAUUUUUGUCUUCUUCUUUGUUUUGAAUUUAUCAUCCAUGUACUUUGCACUUUUUUUGUGUGCUGUGCUCAUCACCGGCCUGUGUGGGAUCUGUGUGGUUGGCUGUUUCUCUCGACUGCAUUGUUUCGACGUCAGGGGGAGACACGCUCAGCGCGGCAUCACUAAAGGGAAAUGUAAGACACUUUUGUUUUCUUUACUCUCAUCCGUUCUUCUGCCAUGGCUUCUCUUUGGUUUUAUAAAACAGUACAGAAUUUUUUUGUUUGUUUGUUUGAUGAAAACAAUCCAUGUAAAUAUCACAAGUAAAAAAAAAAUGUAUAUUUUUACGACUUCUGAGUUAUUACUCUUUCAUUUGCAAAUAAAAUAUUCAAUGACAACUUAA